CGUAUCACAAAGAUUAAGCGCACCCUGAGAGCACUUGCAAACUGGAAGGCCUUGCCAACCAAUCAGCCAUUGGCUUCAGCCUACAUCAAAUUAUUUGGACAAGAAGUGGCUUUUGUCAAUGUUGACAAGACAGUCAUUGAAGAAGCAAUACCGAUUGUGACUGGACCCAAACCACGUGAACUGUUGAAGGCGGCACUUAAAGCAUUGCAGGAAGGAAUUGCCUUGCAGUAUGCCAAACCCCUGCUCAUGGCUGAAGUGCGCAGAAUCUUGCCAACCGCAAUUGGUGUGCCCAUGGAGCUCAGUUUGUACACUGCUGCU